GCCCCCAGAUCAGAAAAGAGCUGCAAGAGAAAGAUGAGGAUGAGUUACGGGGGAAGCAAGUUUGUCUACUGUACCUGAUUUCUGCACCUGAGCUUCUAACACACACACACACACACACACACACACACACACACACACACACACACACACACACACACACACACACACACACACACACACACACACACACACACACACACACACACACACACACACACACACACUCUCACUGACUGAUGACCCUUCUGGAUGGACGUUCACCUCCACUCUACCAGCUGUGCACAUAUGAGAUCAACCUGGAUGAACAGACAUGCAUUUCUACUACGUGGGGGACCACACGUGGGCGACCAUGUUGGGGCAGAGUGUACGUCUACAACCGGUUCCCAUCCAGAGCCUAUCAGAACUGGAGCGAGCCAGGUUACAGGAAGUCGCAUUGUACCACCUGGAGGAGAAGGAUCUGGACUUCAAGAUAAGCAUCCCCACAGAAAUCCGCAAACGAAGGAAGUCUCUGCGGCGGAGGUUUGACUCCUUUUCAAAGGAAAAGAAAGAGCGAGAAUCUGCCUCCAUGGCCUUCGGCAUCCCUCUGUCCCAGGCCAUAGCCAACGACCAGGCCUACAAGCGGCGUCAGGACGCUCUGAAAGAGAGCAGACGCGACUGCCUGGACCUGGAGGCCAGCGUCCUGCGCUUCAGGGCCGAGAAGAGGCAGUUCUUCAACGGUAGCAAACCUGUGGUCUGCUCAGCUUCCAUCACCGGAGGAGGUCUGAGCUCGCCGUCGUCAAACUCCGUGGCACCUGCGCCGGUUUUCGACACUCCAAGCAAACCGCAAUCACCCACCUUUCUGGAUAACACCGGCAGAGCGCAGCGGAGGGGAGGUAUGUCCGUGGACUGCAUCUCUGAUCUUGUGGAGAGUCAGUCCCGCCUGCUGGAGGCGCUGCAGCUCUCCCACCCAGCCGAGCUGGAGCUCAAGAAGUCUCCAUCAGAAGGGAGGACCCAGACCAAGCUCAGCCUGAGCCUGAACCCCAUCUACAGACAGGUGCCUCGGGUGGUGGAGAGGUGCUGCAGCCACAUCGAGACCUACGGGCUUCAGACGGUCGGGAUAUUUCGAGUGGGGAGCUCUAAGAAAAGAGUUCGACAGCUGCGGGAAGACUUCGACAUAGGGGUGGACGUCCAGCUGGAUGAGGAGCACAGCGUGCACGACGUGGCAGCGCUGCUCAAAGAGUUCCUGAGGGACAUACCCGAUCCUCUGCUGCCCCGAGAGCUUUACCCCGCCUUCUUACAUGCCAACUUCCUGAGAGGAGCUGAUCAGCUGCGGUACCUCCAGCACCUCCUCUACCUUCUUCCUCCCUGCAACUGUGACACGCUGCUGCGCCUCCUCUCCAUGUUACAAACCGUGCAGAGCUUUGCCCAGGACAGCAUAGGGACCAAUGACGAGGAGAUACCUGGUAACAAAAUGACGGCCGCCAACCUGGCUGUGAUAUUUGGGCCAAAUCUGCUCCAGAAGGAGCGAGGAGGAGACAUCAGUCCUCAAGCGAUGGGUAUUGAGGACAGCACGGCCAUCAUCAGCGUCACUCUGGUGCUGAUCCAGAACUACAAGAGGCUGUUUACGGUAUCAGCAGAGCUGCAGCAGGAGGUCCUGAUGAGUCUGAUCCAGACGGAUCCAGAUAUCAUCGACUAUCUGCUGAGGAGGAAGCUGAGCGGUAGUCAUCUGACCGUGGAGAGCAGCAGGGAGUCAGGGGGUCGUCGGGACACGGGGGCAUCCCUGGACUCUGUGGGAGCCUCAAGCGGAAGUCUGUCCCCGCUAGGGCCCCCUUCGCCUCUCUUCCCUCCAGAUGGCAGAGGCAGGGAAGGCAGCUUAACCAGUGAGGUCUUCCUCAACGUCCUCAAACUGAACCAGAACAGAAAACGACAGGAAGCAAGAUACGGUGAGGGCCAUCCUAGGAAAUCCAUCCAUCACAUGCGCCAGUUCCACUCACACCACAACCUGCUCAGCCUCGCCCAGCCCUCUUCGUCCUCUUCCUCCUCUAGACUCCACGGUCAGGAGGCUGACCCCCAGGACCGCCAAAGCACUCUGAGCUCUGCCCUGAGCUUCUCUUUAGGUGGUGCUGGAAGCUGCUCCAGUCUGAGCGGCUCCUCCGAGGGCGGCAGCAUCUGGGUGAGACAGACGCCGCAGGAGGAGGGCAAAGCCUCAAACUUCUGGGACUUCUUCACAGGGAAAGGGUCGGGGUCGGAGACGGUGGUAUGAUGACGGUGGGAAGAAGAAGAGGAAGGGGAAAUGGUGCACGUGCACGUUUUUGCAGCCAAAAAUGAGAAAUUACCCAAACAACUGUCAACAUCAACUGGCAUUUAAAAGAAAGUUUAAAAACAAACACCAGUGUCUUCCCGUGUUUUCAGAUGAAUGGACCUUCUGAAAACAGAGAUUGGAAUAAAUGGGUAAAACGAAAUGAAGGACCCAUUUUUUUUUAUAACGAUUAAGAGUUAAAAACAACUUUUACACACAUUUUAUUUCAGUGUCAGCAAAUGAAGGACAACAAUAAAUAAACUGAAAGGAUCUGGAUAUGAGUCAGGACAAAUAAUGUAUAUAUGUUGUGCGCGCACACACACACACACACACACGCACACACACACACACACACACAGCCAACACUUUAUUAAGACACAUUUUGUUCUUUGUUACAUGGACUACGGUGAAAAUGCAGUAAAAUCUGUUUUAAAUAGAGUCAGGCCUUUUAAGUCUGACAACAGUAGUGCAAUCAUGGUGUUUCAUAUGAAACACCAUGAUUGCACUACUAUACAUCAGUGUAUAUAUAUAUAUAUAUAUAUAUAUAUAUAUAUAUAUAUAUAUAUAUAUAUAUAUAUAUACACACACACACACACACAUCAGUGUAUAUACAUAUAUAUGCACUGGUGUGUAAAAAAGCUGAAAGACCCAUUGUCAUCUACUCCUGUGGAUGAAAAGUGGUAUUCUGGUUACAAUAUGUUGCAGUUUGGACCCAAAACUGGAGCAGUCAGGAUGUUGGGCUGUAAGUGCUGCCUACUCACAGCCAUGAUGUUUAAUUUUGUUGUAUUAUGUUGAUGUUUUUUAGGCAUCAAAUAACCUAUUAGUAGUAAAAAUAUCAGAAAAAAUAAACUGUUUGGACACAUCACCAAUGUAAGAACUAUAUGAAAUCAACAAGGGUGAAUAUUUGCAAAAAGAAAACAGGAAAUGUUCUCAUUUACAGGAAGGUGGUGAGACUUACAACAUUUACAAACAUCCAGCCACUAGGGGGAUAUUUGUUUUCUCUUAAUACCAAGUUGAAUCUCCUGUUCAUGCAUGAUUUUAUUCUAAAAUUAGAUACUUCUGACUGAAAAGCAUCUAGAUUCAUCCAGCUGGUGCAGAUGUAGAUGUACGCAUAAUUACUAGGAAUGUUGGGCAUCCAUUAUAGUCUAAAGGCUGAUUUAUACUUCUCCGCCGGCUCAGGGUCGAAGUCGUUCACUCACAUUGACGAAGACACUUUCCCUUCCAACUUCUCCGUCACCUGGCUGGGGAGUGUUCCAAAGCAAUUCCCCACCAGGACAACAGGAGGUGUAGCAUUUUUCUGGGGUAUCCUGCCGCCAUUAGUCAUGUAUCCAGUCAACCUAUAGUGUACUUACUAUUGUUUAUUUAAAUUUUGCUUAUGCAUUUCAGAGACUUUAACACGGACUAAUUUCUCCCUCAUUCUCCUCCACCUCUUUACACAGUCACCACCUCUAAACCCACGUUUCUCGUCAUUUUCUGUCCACGAAUAAAAUGCUUGCUGCGUAUCUUUGUACUCGUUCAUUCAGGGAUGAAUACAUGUUCAGACGUUCUUCCGCCUGCUGCUUGUCUGCCGGCUCUCUUUUGAAUUUUUGAGGGGGCAAUGGCGAUCCUGUUGACGAAGUUACAGGAAGUGACAUCCUGACCAGUCACAAGCUUGAGGUCUCCAGCACUUUUGGCGGAAUGUUGGGCAUGUCUCCAUCAGCCUCCGCGGGCCUGUGGAAGAGCUCUUGCGCCGACACAUAAUGGCGUCACGUGUCUUCGUACCUACGCAGACGGAGAAAUAUAAAUUAGGCACAACUCUUAAUUUUAGAUUCUAAUAUUAUCCAAUACUAAUAAACUCCCCACAAUAAUAAAAACUAGAAAACUGAAUCAUUCCUGGUACCUAGCAUCCCACAUACUUAAACGUCAAACAUUAUCUCUGCAAAAUAGGACAAAUGCUUCCAUUUCUGUCAUAUGUCAUAAAUCUGAGUGAGAGUGUGUGUAACGGUAUGUAAAAAUUGUCAUUAAAAGAGUAGAAAACCAA